GCCGUUGGUAAUACCCGUGGUGAAAAAGCAAAGCCUUUCUGAAUAAGGGCCAACGCACGGAAUCACGGACUGCCAACCCUCCCUCUGCUCUGCUGAUCAUGCAGAACAGCACUGGAUUCAAGGAUAUGAUGAUAACUGUUGACGAAACUCCGAGACCCUUUUUCAUCUUGAUACUCCCCAAACACUCACGAAAACGCACUCACACACAAGCACUCGCACACAUACCCACACACACCCACACACAAGUAUCCAUGCGCCUGUGGGCGCGCACAUGAGCUGUGAAAUGAUAACAGACGCAGGCGAGAGACCUGUGUGCAGCAAGCUAGUUCGACAUCCGCAAGUGAAAGCUUCCCGGGUGCAGCACCAGUGGGCCGUGCGCGCAGCAGCGCACGGGCCCGAGGGGCGCCUGGAGAACCGGGAAAAACUCUACGAACGUUUGAGUGCCACCCUUUACCAGCUGACCUCGACAGCGACCAGCGGUGACCACCUCGAGCAACCUAGCCGGUGAACCAGAGCCACAACACUUCCUGCAUGCCCCGGCCGGCACCUCCGCCCAGGGAAGGUAGUGCAGUUGACGGUGGCGGACGGCUCUCUCACGUCCCGGUCACCGCAGGAGCAACAUCGUCGAGGGAGAGGACCAAAGAUGGCUGCCAGUCUCAAGAGUUACGACAGCAAAGAUCCGUUGGUGAAGUACACAGCCGACCACUCCCUCAGGUUCACCGAGGCACAGAAAAAGUUGAUGGAGCUCACUUUCAAACUUCCCAAAUACUACAUGCUGGGGGCGCCGGAGGUCCUGCAACUCAAUGCUAACUUGAUCCGCACAAUCGGAGGAAGGAAGGUGUUGGACGUGGGCGUAUACACAGGCGCGAGUGCCUUGUCGGCGGCCCUGGCGCUGCCCUCCGACGGUGAAGUGCACGCGCUGGACUUGACUGAGGAAAAUAUUAACUUAGGCAGGAAGUUCUGGAACGAGGACGGAGUGGCAGACAAGAUCCACGUGCACAUCGGGUCCGCCACAGACACCCUGCAGCGGUUCAUCGACGAGGGACAGGCCGGCACCUUUGACUUCGCCUUCAUCGACGCUGACAAGCCAAACUUCGAUCGCUACUACGAACAGUGCCUGGUGCUGGUGCGGCGGGGCGGCAUCAUCGCCUUUGACAACACUGUGCUGAACGGCCGCGUGCUGGACCCCGAUGACCAAAAGCCCGAUGCGGUGGCCGUCAGGAAGCUGAACGAGAAGCUGAGGGAUGACCAGCGUAUUUAUUUGUCCUUCCUGAAGAUUGGCGACGGUCUCAGUCUGUGCUUCAUCAAGUAGCGCGGAGACAAAACCAACAGACAUUUCUAUCAAAACGAACAUAAGAAAAAGGGAAGUUGUAAGAAGCCAUCAGACCUACUUGUGGCAGUCCCUGUGAUCAUUAAUUUCAAUAAAAAAAAUGUAAA